CCAGUGACCAGUUGUGUCGCCUGUGUUGGCCAGUGACCGCUCGGUGGCCAGUGUAGAUGGAAUGUGUAAUUAGUGAGAGUAACACUUUGCAACAUACACAUCACUAAAGUGCGCUAGAUCAGGCCUACAGGCGGUAGUGGACAAUAUCACCGUAGGGCUGGAUCCUUCACACAAAACCAUGUCUGCCUACACCCAAUUCGGCUACACCUACCCAACGCCAGCUUCACAGCUCCUGGUGGGGCAGAGCGGCGGGGGGACGGCAGGUUCCGGAUGUUGCGAGGGCGGCCGAACCAUCAUGACGGACCCGGUGAGUGGUCAGUCCGUGUGCUCGUGCCAGUACGACCGCCUGGCACUCGGGUCCUACCCAAGAAUCGGCUCGGGGCUCGGGGCUUCGGGCACCGUGUACGGCACCACCUACACCUCCAGUGAGCAGAACCCUUACCCGUCCAUCGGCAUGGACUCCUCCGCAUUCUACAGCCCGCUGAGCUCCGGCUACGGCAUGAAGGAGGGCGGCGCCGGCGAUGUCUCCAUGUACGGCAGCGGCCUCGGGGCUUCGCCGGCAGGGUAUUACCCCUACGACCCCACCUUCGCCGCCUACGGGUACGGUGCCGGCUACGACCUCGCCGCCCGCAGGAAGAACGCCACCAGGGAAUCCACAGCGACGCUGAAGGCGUGGCUGAACGAGCACAAGAAGAACCCUUACCCGACCAAGGGCGAGAAGAUCAUGCUGGCGAUCAUCACCAAGAUGACUCUCACACAGGUAUCCACGUGGUUUGCAAAUGCUCGCCGUCGCUUAAAGAAAGAGAACAAGAUGACUUGGGAACCCAGGAACAAAACAGACGACGAUGACGCCAAGUUGUCUGAUGACGAGGACGACGAAAAGGAACCCGGAGACAAGGAAGACGAUGAUAUCAAGAAGGACGACAAGGAUGGCGACGCUACGAUGACGGAGACGAAGGUGGAGGAAGGAGAAGGCCAGACGGAGUUGAAGCCGUGUGAGGGAGGAGUGGUGGGGGGCACAAAGGCUGUCACCGCCGCCAUCUCCCCCACACCCACACUCCACCCCACCAAUCACUUCACUGUGCCUAAGGGAGAGAAGGUAAGCAUAAUGAGUGACUGUGCGGUUUCGCUGCCUUCCGCCAAACCCAAGAUUUGGUCUCUAGCCGACACAGCAGCCUGCAAGACUCCCCCGCCUACGGGUGGCCCACCUGGCAGCGGGUGGCUUGCAGGUGGCACCACAUUCCCCCUGCCGCCCACCAUCCCUCCCGCCCAACAGCAAUAUACACGGUUUAAUCACCUUAUGACCGGAGUUAACCCAGCACAAUAUAUGGCAGGAUACAGCGAUGGCGUCGGCACAGACACCCCGCCCCAAACGCCGCCCAACGCCAAGGGUCAGCAGAACCAGCAAGGUCAGGCCGGCCUUGGCGCCGGAGCCUUCCUCGGUGGCUCCACGUCAGGCAGCUACGGCGCCAACAUGGCUGGUGGGCUCUCAUCGUGCUCCCGGGGCUCCACGGCGCCUCUACCCGCACCAGGAGCCCCCGGGGCUCCCGUAGGCGACGCCUCCUUACACCAGCGGUACCAGGGACCCACAUCACACGCCGGCAGCGUAACUCACACCAACACAGGAGCGGCGACUAUGCCCUCCACCGCCUUCACCCCCGUCUACAAGACCUCUCAGCAGGGUGGACCGCAGGUUGCACAGCAGACGCCGCAAAUGGCGAACCAGCAGCAGAUGCCAUGCCAGCAGUCGCAGCAGGUACAAGGGGGCCCCGUCACAGCAGGACCCUACGUGUCGUGAAGCCAGUGUAAUAAGCAGGCAGGUGAUCCCAGUGUGUGGGGCGGCACAACGGGCGUCACUCUCCUGCUGGCGGACAACACGCACCACUAUCUCCAGCAGCAGCAGGACUGGCAGCAGCACCAGCAGGGACAGCAGUAGGAACGGAGGAUGAAAGCGGCUGAGGCGGGUGCGGUCGGGCGGGGGAUCCAUCAUAGUGAACCUUCUCGUUUGUGAGUCAAAUGAGACGUGUUGGCCAGCUGUGGGGAUCCCCGAGGGGCAGCGUGGCCCCGAGCGGGGGGUGGCGCCCCUCCCACCCACGCCACCACCAACCACAUCAAGGGCACUGCUGGUACACACCACUCCACGUCCAGUGGAGGCAAGAGCCCAGCACACGCAGCUGCCCCGCUUGGACCAGAGCUUCAUCCAGUGAUCAACUUCAUUACAUCACCGCCACGCCGCCACUGCUACAAUGCUCUCCGAACCGCCAGCCCGGCUCUCCUUUUAGGCCGGGCACCGCGCGUGUUGGUCCCGCCUGGUCGUUUCUACGCGACGCAAACAGCGCUCGGAUCCUUUCGAGUGCCUGUUCAACCGGAUCAGCGCACGGCGUCCUGCGUUCAGUUGCCAAACCGUGGUUCGUCCGCUCUCAAGUCUACUGCGACACAACUAGGAUAUGCUGCCUCCCGCCUGUCGUUCGGGCCCGGUCGGGCACCAGCGUGGUCCGCUGUGCCAUCUGGAUGCUGUCUCUCUACCGGGACUGCUCCGAAGCUCUCGAACCGCACUCGAGCGGGGUAGGUGACCCGCGUGAGCUCCCUCCUGAAAGUGCGCGAACUCCAGAGCCACGGGCGCACAGCUGACCUAGUACUCAAGCAACACUUACGCAGCAGUGAUGUGCAGUGGUGCAAAACGGGCCCGAGAUGUGUAUAGUGCUUAUGUGUGUCCGCUCGUCGGACGGAUGACUAAACACUUAACUAUGCUGUGUUCAGCUGCGUCCCAGAGAAGCAACAGUGCCUCUCUCGCCUACCCCAGUGCAGCAGCAGUGCCUGAUCCUCAGCCAGCUGAGGGCAGUGUCACUCGUGGACAGUGUGUGCCAUGACCUUCAACUCAUAGUUAACCAGACGGACAUGUACACAUAAUGAUACUGACUGUGUAGUCGCACGAAGAGGUUACUCAAUCAGCACACGGCAACCCACUGCAAGUUUCUUUUGAUUUUUUGUAAAGCUGUAGAUUAUAGGUUAUAUGUUAAGAUACCGAUGAAGAGUUAAUAUUACUACUGAAUAUUAUUAUCUGUGAUAUAGACAUUGACGUAGCUCAAAGGUUUUAGCUGCACUAUUGUUAUCAUCAUCAUCAUCUUCAAAAGAUAUUCGUACACACACUGUGCAAUUUACCCAGACGUUGGAUUUAAUUCCUAAAAGAAAAUCUAAUUGUAUCGAUUAAAUACUCAGUGCAAGCUACGAUCGCUUGGGGAGAAUGAGAAAAAAAGAGAGAUAAAGAGAAAAGAAGUGUAAAUAUAAAUCGCAAGAGUUCAAAAUACACACAACAAAAAGUGGAGAAGUUCACAACUUCUCACGGUAAAGCAAAGAUUCCCCCAAGUGUGUGUAUAUAUGAAAUAUAAAAACAUAAAUGUGGAUACACGCCCAAACACAAAUGUGGAGAAAAGUGGAUGAGCGCUCGCAAGUGGACGUGGACAAGGACAAGACGCCCAAGUGAACGCACCGAAGGCAGUGUGUGUAGUGUUCCAACCCUUAUCAUUACCACCAAGAACCUCCGCAAACUGAUGAAUGUUUACGCGAAUAGAUGAACCUUCAUUAAUUUUGUAAGUAAUCAUCAACACAAUAUUUAACGAUGUGAUGAGGUUGUGAGUGAACUCAUGUAUGUGUAGUGUGGCCGCAAGAUUGUGAAUAACCUUGACUAAUAGGCCUAUUAUGAUACGUUUUGUUAUAAAAAUAAUAAAAAAAGAUAAUGGUACAUACGUAAGUUAGAAAAAUAAAAACAUUCCUGUGUUUGCGGAUGUUGUCACAAUUGGAUAGACAAGCUAUUUUCAUUCUGACAUUUGUAAUGUAACUUUUAUAUUUGUAUCAUAGUGUCAGCAUUAUUCGCAAUGCUUCUCUGCUAGUGCACAACUCAGACUUAAAAAAAGAAAAAAGGAAAAAAAAUGACCCACACGUCACUACAAACUAAGGGUGAAUAUUGCUUGUCCCCUUGUCAUGCAGAGUAGGAUAGCGACGGACUAACCCAGGAAAGGAAAUGGGAAUUUUAGGGACAGAAAUGCUAAAAAAAUAAGAAUUUUCAAACCAUUAAUCACCUUUCAGCAUUUCCAUAAUAGUGAAAGCCUCGAUUAAUAUCACUGUGACGUCAUCAGACUGUGACAUCAUUAGCCUAUGACGUCACGAGAUGCUGUCCUGAAUGUCACCCGUGUAUUAUAUUUUUUCUUGUCCUUACUUCUUCUUACUAUUUUAUUUGAAAUAUAUUUUAUGUCAAAUCAGUAAUCUAUUUUGUGUUCCACUACACACUUUAUUGAGAUUGGAUAUAUAUACAUAUAAAUAUAUAUACAUAUAGAGAUAAAUUUGAGUCCAGCGUACUCGCUAUUCUCUCCUAUUCAACCAGUAAACUUUAGGCACAGCAUCUCACUUGGUUAUAGACAUUGUAAAUUAUCAAUACAUGUAAGCGUAACUUCGUACUACCUGUUUAAUGAUUCCUAUGUGCCAAACCCGCUUUUCUCCGGGCAUGAUUUUCAAAAUGUAAUUACUUGUACUUUAAAAAUGUUUAACUUAU